GGGUGCGCGGCGCGCCUGCGCGUACGAUUGCGUGGCGCGGCGGCGGCGAAGGGCUUGGUGGAGUGGCGCUGCGGGUGGGGCAGUGGCGGCGCUGGUGAAAGAACGCCGCGUCGUCGCCGCAGCCUCUGCCGCCAAGAAGCCCUUGUUCCCGCUGCCGGGAAGGAGAGUCUGGUGCCGACAAGAUGGCGGACGGGGAGCUGAACGUGGACAGUCUCAUCACCCGAUUGCUGGAGGUACGAGGAUGUCGUCCAGGAAAGAUUGUGCAGAUGACCGAAGCAGAAGUUCGGGGCUUAUGUAUCAAGUCUCGGGAGAUCUUUCUCAGCCAGCCUAUUCUUUUGGAAUUAGAGGCACCGCUGAAAAUUUGUGGAGAUAUUCAUGGACAGUAUACAGAUUUACUGCGGUUAUUUGAAUAUGGAGGUUUCCCACCAGAAGCCAACUAUCUUUUCUUAGGAGAUUAUGUGGACAGAGGAAAGCAAUCUUUGGAAACCAUUUGUUUGCUAUUGGCUUAUAAAAUCAAAUACCCAGAGAACUUCUUUCUCUUAAGAGGAAACCAUGAGUGUGCUAGCAUCAAUCGCAUUUAUGGAUUCUAUGAUGAAUGCAAACGAAGGUUUAAUAUUAAAUUGUGGAAGACCUUCACAGAUUGUUUUAACUGUCUGCCUAUAGCAGCCAUUGUGGAUGAGAAGAUCUUCUGCUGUCAUGGAGGACUGUCACCAGACCUGCAGUCUAUGGAACAGAUUCGGAGAAUCAUGAGACCCACUGAUGUCCCUGAUACAGGUUUGCUCUGUGAUUUGCUGUGGUCUGACCCAGAUAAGGACGUGCAAGGCUGGGGAGAAAAUGAUCGUGGUGUUUCCUUCACUUUCGGAGCUGAUGUUGUCAGUAAAUUUCUGAAUCGUCAUGAUUUGGACUUGAUUUGUCGAGCUCAUCAGGUGGUUGAAGAUGGAUAUGAGUUUUUUGCUAAACGACAAUUGGUAACCCUGUUUUCUGCCCCAAAUUACUGUGGCGAGUUUGAUAAUGCCGGUGGAAUGAUGAGUGUGGAUGAAACUUUGAUGUGUUCAUUUCAGAUAUUGAAACCAUCUGAAAAGAAAGCCAAGUACCAGUAUGGUGGACUGAAUUCUGGACGUCCUGUCACUCCACCUCGAACAGCUAAUCCACCGAAGAAAAGGUGAAGAAAGGGACUCUAUAAAGAAACCAUCAGAUUUGUUAAGGACAUACUUCAUAAUAUAUAAGUGUGCACUGUAAAACCAUCCAGCCAUUUGACACCCUUUAUGAUGUCACACCUUUAACUUAAGGAGACGGGUAAAGGAUCUUAAAUUCUUUUCUAAUAGAAAGAUGUGCUACACUGUAUUGUAAUAAGUAUACUCUGUUAUAAUAUUCAGCAAAGUUAAAUCCAAAUUCAGAAUUAUCCAUUAAAAUUACAUUGUCUCGUAUCACAGUUUUUAAAGUUGAAAAGCAUCCCAGCUAAACUAGAUGUGAUAGUUAAACCAGAUGAAAGCAUGAUGAUCCAUCUGUGUAAUGUGGUUUUAGUGUUGCUUGGUUGUUUAAUUAUUUUGGGCUUGUUUUGUUUUGUUUGUUUUGCUAGAAUAAUGGCAAAUAUUUUUAAUUUUCUUUCUUUAAACAUUUUUAAAAGUGAAAUGUGGGAAGAGCUUUAAAGAUGGUCACUGACUUAUUUCCCCUUGCUUUUAUCUACUUAUGUACCUGUUUGAUCUUCUUAAGAAAAUUUAUGCCUCGAUACAAGAAAAAUGAAUUUUAGAGAUUGAUGGUUUAAAAAAUACGCCAACUGUCCAAUCCAGUGAUUUAAUCAGUUUGACUGGGCGAACUUUGUAGCUGAUAGUGAAUGCUUUGCUUUAUACAGAAAUUGCCACUGAUUUGGAUUUGUGCACUCUAAUUUUUAACUUAUUGAUGCUCUAUUGUGCAGUAGCGUUUCAUUUACCAUGAAGAUAAGGCUCAUGUAGCAUUGCCCAGCUAGUUGGAAAUGUGAUUAUGUGGUACCUUGGCUUUAGGUUUCAAUUCGCACGAAACACCUUUUGGCAUGCUUCGCUUUCUGGCAACACCCUCACCUGCGUUGUUUUUAUUUUUUGGGUUUUUGUUGUUGUUGUUUUUAGAUCCACAGAACAUGAGAAUCCUUUCUUGACAAGCCUUGGGAAGCUGACACUAUCUCUUUCUUCCCCCCUUCUAUAAGAAGGAUGUUAAUAUUUAAGUGAAUGCUGGUCAGUGGGACAUUUUGUCAACUUUGGUUAUUGGGUGCUUAACUGUCUAAUAUUGCCACUUGAAUGUUGUAUACGAUUGUAAGGCUUUUGUCACUAAAGAUUUUUAUUAUUCUGAUUUUUCAUGAUCAAAGUUCAUAUAAUGUUGUAUAGACAUGCUUUGUAGUGAAGUAUGGUAGCAAUAAUUUCUGUACAUGAUCAAGACUUUAUUGCAGCAUUUCUUUUCCUGUUCUCUGUUUUUUUUUAAAGGGUUAAUAUUAACAAAUGGCAAGUAGAAAAGUCAACAUAAAGAUAGUCUAUAAUAGAACAAGAACUUACAGGACACAGAUUUGUGAUUCUUUGGAUGUGAUUCUGUAAGCUUUUAUUGAGCGCCGUCAAAUUUGUGUCAAAGGGAUGGACUUCAGAUUUAUAAUGCCCUUCUAUAUGUGCUGCCAUAGAUGUGAAAUUCUUGACCUUAAUAUUGUCUUUGAAAAUGUUAAAUUGUGAAUUCUGUUAAUUUACAUUUUAUGAAUUGGCGCAUUGUAUUUACUGCAAGAAAUAUUUGAUUUUCAGCACAGUGCAAAGUUCUUUAAAAUGAGUACAUCUUUUUUUCUAAUUCCAUUUUGUUUUAAAGCACAUUUUAAAUGUAGUUUUCUCAUUUAGUAAAAGUUGUCUAAUUGA